CAACGCUGGUGGAUGUAACACCGAAUAACCACAAAAUAACCAAUAUAUACAUAUAUAAUAUAUAUUAUUUUAUAAAUUUCUUUAAUUAUUUUUAUUUGGAUGUUUUCAUUUGGCACUCAAGCAAUCGCCAAUAAAUGACCAUUUUAGGCGUCCAGGUGUGAAACACUUUUAAUCCAGUAUUAGUUCUAAUUCAACAUAUUGCGAAGAUGCUACCAUUUCGAUAUUGUGGCAGGCUUGGAAGGACUAUUCGGUUUCGAUCGCGUACCAAUCAUAGAACCUUAUGCAGUCAAAAUGAGGAAAAUCUAUCCGAUGAUCUAUCAGAGGUUUUGUCUUCAGACAAUGAAUAUAAUCACAUAGCAGAACAUUACUUUCAUUUGAAGGAAGCUCAUAAAUGCCUGAUAAUUCAACCUUACGUUAAAUGGGGCCCCAAGAAACUCACUAUAACUCCUGAAGAGCAACUUGGUGAAGCAAUCGCUCUUAUCAACACCUUACCCGCAUGGAACGUAAAAGAUACAGUUACUGUUCCGAUGGAUAAUUUAGAGAGGAAAACUCUAUUUAAAAGUGGCACUAUGGAUAGAAUUAAAAAAUUGGUACAAAACAAUAGUGAUAUUACGGCUAUAUUUGUUAAUUCAAGUUCAAUAAACAAAUCGACUACAGGUAUACUUCAGGGUAAUUUUAAUCGGCCGAUAUUGGAUCGUUACAAAGUGGUUAUGCAGAUUUUGAAGGCCCAUGCCACAAGUAAACAUGCUAAAUUACAAGUGGCUUUAGCAGAGCUGUAUUACGUACAGAGAAAGUCAGAGAAAGACUUAAUGUUUAAAACCUAUAAUACUGAAGCCUUGCGGCUAAUGUUUAAUGAAAGAGAAAAGAAGAUUAAGAAUCAGAUCAAUAUUCUAAGAAAUCAAAGAAAUCUUCUGAGGAAUAAUCGGAAAAGGAUGGAAUUUCCAGUAGUAGCUGUAGUAGGUUAUACCAAUGCAGGAAAAACGUCGUUAAUUAAAUCCUUAACAGGCGAACAAGCUCUAACUCCUAAAAAUCAACUGUUUGCCACUUUGGAUGUCACCGCUCAUGCAGGUCAAUUGCCUUCUGGCUUAGAGGUUUUGUUUAUUGAUACAGUAGGAUUUAUUUCUGAUAUUCCAACAAACCUCAUAGAAUGCUUUGUUGCAACGUUGGAAGAUGCGUUAUUAGCAGAUGUUAUAUUGCAUAUAGAAGACAUUUCGUCAGAGAGUUAUGAGUACAAACGACAACAUGUGGUAAAAACUCUUGAACAACUGGAGAAACAAGUAGGCUGUAAAAAUAUUAUGACUAAAGUGAUUUCUGUUGGGAAUAAAUGCGAUUUGGCGGAUGGGCGUGAUAUUAAAGACGCCAAUGUAUUACUCAUUUCAGCAGAUAAAGGAAUUGGCUUAGAGAAGCUUAGAAGUCAGUUGGAAGAAUCUGUAUUAUACAGAACGGACAGACAGAAAAUUGCUAUUAGCAUACCAAAUGGUGGCGACGAGAUUCGAUGGUUAUAUAAAAAUGCGACAAUUUUGGAUGAAAUACCUGAUCCGAAAGAUUUGCAAUCUAUUUCCGUUAAAGCUAUUAUUACGAAAGCUAAUCUCGCAAAAUUUAAACAUGCUUUUAUAUAGCUAGAUAUAUGAAAAAUGUGUUAUUAUGAUUACAUCAGAUCUUAGAUCUAAACUGUCGAAAUUACUUAGGAAAAUUGUAUUAGGAUAUAUUUACAUAGCUUUUAAUUAUGUGAUUAUAUACUGACCUUUUUAAGACUAGUGUUAUGACUUGGUGAUUUUUUAAUUUCUUUAUUGUUAAACAAAAUAAAUUUGAAUAAUUGAACUGUCUCACAAAAUAAUUGUUGCUCAUUAUGCAUACCAAGUAUUUGUAAAUAUAUGGAUUUAAAAAAUGAAAACAAAAAUA